GGGAUGCUCCAGCCUCUAACACGGAGAAUGAAGCACCCACCAUGGACCUGAUUUGCGGAGUCCUGUGCUUUCGUAUUAGUCGUUAGUGCUUGCGCUCCGGAAUUCGAAACGUCUGCAAGGAAUUCAGGAUCGAAUGGUUGAUCCUGGCUUGUAACAGUGUAGAGUAGCUCCCUAGAAGCGGCCAGGGUAUGCCAUAGGUCUCUGAAAUGAUGACGCGUGGCAGGUUGGCCAACCCGCGAAGAUCUGGGCCGUUCGUUCGAUAUGGCCUACCGAUGCUGUCGAUGAUGGUCGUCGGAUCCGUGGGGCUGGGCUACAUGGUGCAAGGCAGGCGGGACCUGGAGCGAGCUAAGGACGACGGGGAGUGGGCGGCGCUAGAGGCAACUCGAUCGCUGACGAGGGAAAGCGACAUUGGAGAGCUGAAAACGCCGGCUAAACGGAAAGCGAUGGACCUGGAGGAAGAGCUCAAGAGCAUGCAGCAGAAGAUCGACAUCAACAACUAUGAGUUCAAGCCCGUGCCCAAGCCCAAGGAGGACUAACUGACCCAGAAUCCAUACUGUAGAUACUGUAGCUGUUGGUUGGCAGCAGAUGGUUACUGUUGUGGUUAGUGUUCGCCACACCGGGGGUUUCAACUCUCAUCACAACAGUGUCACGUCACGGCAAUGCAUGUCAGAGCCAGUGAUCACUGAUCAUCACAGUCGCGAGUUCCCGCUGCCGGCAGCAUACAAAUGUCGGGUCUUCCCUGUCGAAGUCUAGCCCUGUUUGCCCUGCUUGAUCGGGGUGUCUACCUUUCCAACUGUCUCAGGCUGAGUGCCAUGUCCGCUGUUCGUGCAAAAUAGCC